CCGGGCGUGCGCGGAGCCUGCCGGGACUUGUAGUGCCCGCGGCUGGGAGUGCCCGCUCCGGAAUCUCAGUCGCCGUCUGGUGGGGUAGAGGCGGCGCGUGCACGCGUGCGCAGUGCGCGGGCGGGCCGUCGUGGGCGCCGCUCCCGGCAGCUGAGUGCCUGAAGGAGCCGGGUCCGCGGCGGCGCGGGUGCUCCGGGCUGGAGGCCGCGUGUAAUGUUCAAGCCCAGAAAUGCCUUAUGUGGAUCGACAGAAUCGCAUUUGUGGUUUUCUAGACAUUGAAGAAAAUGAAAACAGUGGGAAAUUUCUUCGACGGUAUUUUAUCCUGGAUACCAGAGAAGACAGCUUUGUAUGGUACAUGGAUAAUCCACAGAACCUGCCUUCAGGAUCAUCACGGGUUGGAGCCAUUAAACUUACCUACAUUUCAAAGGUUAGUGAUGCAACUAAGUUAAGGCCAAAGGCAGAGUUCUGUUUUGUUAUGAAUGCAGGGAUGAGAAAAUACUUUCUACAAGCCAAUGAUCAGCAAGACUUAGUGGAGUGGGUAAAUGUCUUGAACAAAGCUAUAAAAAUUACAGUACCAAAGCAGUCAGACUCACAGCCAGCUUCUGACAGCCUGAGUCGCCAAGGUGACUGUGGCAAGAAGCAAGUGUCCUACAGAACUGAUAUUGUUGGUGGUGUUCCCAUCAUCACUCCAACUCAGAAAGAAGAAGUAAACGAAUGUGGUGAAAUUGUUGACAGAAACAACCUGAAACGGUCCCAAAGCCAUCUUCCCUACUUUGCUCCUAAGCCACCGCCAGACAGUGCAGUCAUCAAAGCUGGGUAUUGUGUGAAACAAGGAGCAGUGAUGAAAAACUGGAAGAGAAGAUACUUUCAAUUGGAUGAAAACACAAUAGGCUACUUCAAAUCUGAACUGGAAAAGGAACCUCUGCGAGUAAUACCACUGAAAGAAGUUCAUAAAGUCCAAGAGUGUAAGCAAAGUGACAUAAUGAUGAGGGAUAACCUGUUUGAAAUUGUAACGACGUCUCGAACUUUUUAUGUGCAGGCUGAUAGCCCGGAAGAGAUGCACAGUUGGAUUAAAGCAGUUUCUGGCGCCAUUGUAGCACAGCGGGGACCUGGCAGAUCAGCAUCUUCUGAGCAUUCCGGCUGUCCUUCAGAAUCCAAAUGCACGGUCCGUCCUGCCGGGGCAGCAGCAGCCACCUCACAUUCCGCAGCCUCUCGCAGCCACUCUCUGGUCUCAAGCUAUACCAUGGAGAAGCGAGGAUUUUACGAAUCUCUUGCCAAGGUCAAGCCAGGGAACUUCAAGGUCCAGACUGUCUCUCCAAGAGAACCAACUUCCAAAGUGACUGAACAAGCUCUGCUUAGACCUCAGAGUAAAAAUGGCCCUCAGGGAAAAGAUGGUGAGCCAGUGGACUUAGAUGAUGCCAGCCUGCCAGUCAGUGAUGUGUAAGGUGGGAGCACAUGGCCUGCCUGCCCUCUCAUCCCUCAGUGUCCUUUCAUGAGGCUUCUAGCCAAAGAUGAUAGAGGAUGGAUGGUUUCAGUGCGUGUAUUAUAUUGUUUCUUGGGUGUACUUUGUAAACUGGCAAACCAAGAAUCUAGGGAGUGGCCAAGUCAAUGUAAUUUCUUUAAGAAAGGAAGGAAAAAGGAUGUGCCCAUACUGACUGUCCGAAGCUUUUAUAUGUUUGGGUGUUAAAAAUGUGUGUGUGGUUUUUUUCUAGUGACUUUGAAAUUUUAAAUAACUUAAAACAUUAAAAUUUCUUAUUUUGAUCAUUUAAAAAUGCUAAUAUGACUCCCUAUGAAAUAUUUAAUAUUGUCACAUUCUUAUCAGUUAACAUCAAAUGGAACAUUGCCAGACAAAAAUUCUUAAACUCAUGGUGUCUGUGGUGCUGCAAAAUGUAUAUUGUGAUGUGGACUAUUUAGAAACGCUAACCGUUUUUGCUAUCAGGUGAGUGGUAAAUUUUGCAUAGAAGAUUCCAUUAGACUGAUGACGCAGGUAGAGGUUGAAAUGGGGCAGCAAAGGUGGAGGACUAGAGCUCAGCUAUAUCAAAGUUUUUUUGGUGGGGACUUUUUUCUUUUUGAGACAGGGAUUCUUUGUGAAGACAUGGCUGGCCUGGAACUUGUGAUCUUUCUGUCUCUCCUGCCUCCCAAAUUAUAGGCCUGUGUCUGACAGCCGGAGACAUUUGUUUGAAAAAGCUUAAGACUUACACCUAUCAGUAUUUUAUUUCAGUAAAAAUAAUUUGAUCAUAAAUUUGGGGAAGAUCUGAUUUUUUUUUUUUCAAGACAGUUUUUUCUGUGUUGUCCUUGCUG